GGGAAUCGAAGUGAGCUGAAAACAAGUCUUUCGGAGCACUAUCUCGAGUGUUGCAGAUAACGGGUGUUGAACUACUUAAAUGAAAGUCAAGAACUGUGUGAAUCGUAAUAAGUCGUAUACCCCGCUAAGAACGGUUUCAGCGACUCGAUCACCGAAGAUGUUGGCGUUCGUUUUCCUCGCGAUCACCAUCGCACUUGCGUCGGCUCAGUAUCCCCAAGAUCAAUGGGUUACCACUGUUAACGGUGUCCCGCAACCCCCAAACACUUUGGUGUUGGACGAAAAUUUCAACAAGCUAGACUUGGACUUGUGGCAGCACGAAGUCACUCUCAGCGGCGGUGGUAACUGGGAGUUCCAGUAUUACAUGAAUAACAGGACCCGCAGUUACACGAAAGACGGGAUCUUGUAUAUAAAACCCGGGUUGUUGUCUGACGUCUCAGGCGAGGUCUACCUUUCCACGGGUACCCUGGAUGUCAACGGCGGAUCUCCUGCUGACGAGUGCACAAAUGCUCAAUUUUACGGCUGCAUGCGUAUUGGAAGCGGUGACAACUACCUGAAUCCGACGACUUCGGCGAGACUUCGAACCGUGAACUCCUUCUCUUUCAAGUACGGAAAGGUCGAAAUUAGAGCAAAAAUGCCCCGCGGAGAUUGGAUUUGGCCCGCUAUGUGGAUGCUGCCGAGGAAAAACGCUUACAACGGAUGGCCUGCUAGUGGAGAAAUCGAUAUUUGCGAGUCCAGGGGUAACAGGGACUUAUCCAUGAACGGCGUUCAAAUCGGGGAACAACAAAUUUCUCAAACUCUGCACUUCGGUCCCUUCUUCCCAGUGAACGGUUACGAAAGCGCACAUUUCGAAAUCAAUAAUCCUGCGGGAUACGGCGCAGAUUUCCAUCUCUACGGUCUUGAGUGGACUCCCGAUUACAUCAAGCUAUCCGUCGACAACACGGUUACUGGCACGUUGACCCCGACUUCUGACAAGGGUUUCUUCGGCAUCCACCCCUUCGAGCAACAGAUUGACAUGGCCACUGUCGAGCACCCGUGGCAACCGGAAAAGGGUGCAACCAAAAUGGCUCCCUUCGACCAAGAGUUCUACCUGAUCUUGAACGUCGCUGUCGGCGGAACCAACGGAUUUUUCCCUGAUGCAGCGACACCUGGGAAGCCGUGGGCAAACACCAGCCCCGUUGCUUUCAGAGAUUUCUGGAACGGGAGAGCUCAGUGGUACCCGACAUGGCAAGGGGACGAUUCCGCCCUGCAAAUCGACUACAUUAAAGUCUGGUCCAUCUAGGAAAAUCAACAGGACAUCAACCCAAAAUAUGACGAAAAUUUCCUUGAAAUUUUUAAAUUGAGAAAUGAAUACAUCUUUCGAGCAUUUUUUCCAAAACAGCA